AUGAAUUCAACUUCAAUCCUCGACCAAGAUGCGCAUCAGCGAGGUGCCAGCCGCCAGGCUUCGCCAGAGCUCAAGGGCGGAGAGCUGAAUGGCUUACCAGCUUCGACACUCCAAAACGAGAAGCCAGCGCUGACGGACAAGCUGGCCAAUGGUUCCGUCAAAGAAAUACAAUCAACAAACGAUGAUACGACUCCUGAGAAGAUCGAGACGACGAUGAAUAAUACGACCGCCGAUACAGCAUGCUCUUCCGAUGAAGAGACACCUGUCGCCAAGGUCCUCCACUUUCUAGCAACUGCGACUCCUGGUUCUCUUGCUGGUGUAGCAGUCGGCUUCGCUGCCUUCACAUACUUGACCAUGGGACGACUGGGCCUCGUCCUUAUCGGCGCAUUUGGUGGUGUCGUUGGCUUCAUCUCGUGGGAAGCUCGAAACCCAGAGGUCUCUAGGGCAGUCCGAGGAGAGCGAGGCAUGGACGUCAUAGAACGACUACUGGAAAUCAAAAACAACAAGGCAGAGGAGAAGGCUGAGGAUAGCAGCGACGAUGAGGAGACGGCUAUCAAAAACUUUGACGAGUUCCGCCCUGAGACUCGGGAAGCCCUUGGAGGACUCGUCGACGCCGUUAUUAGGGACUACGUCAAAUGGUGGUACAGCCCGAUCAUUCCGGCUGACCAUUCAUUCCCUCUGGCCUGCCGCAAGACGCUCACCUCGUAUCUCCUCGCCGUCUCGAAUCACCUAAGCCGCAAGAGACCCGCAGACGCAUUCCUCGACCUCCUUACCAACUCAUCAUCGAUCAUCAUCGUAUUCAUGUCCGAGCUCGCAUCCGCCUUUUCCGAGCUGCCCCCCGACAGCAGUAUGACAGCAGCCGACGCUGUCUACAACUACCUUGCCGCCAAUCCCGACUGCCACCUGGCCAAUCUGCUAAACCAACGCCAGCAGGCGGCCAAGUUCAAGAUGGUGGCUGAAGACUUGCUAGGCUUUCUCGAUCGCAACGCAUACAACUGCGAUCCUGCUCGUGUUUUCUUGCGUGAGAUUCUUGCGAACUCGGUUCUUGAGAAGACGCUACAAACAUGCAGUCAAGCCGAUUGGAUCAACGGAUGGAUCGUGUACCUUCUCGAAGCCGGUGAACCUGACUUGAACCAGGCCAUUGAUGUUGGCAUGCAGCGUGGUCCUGAGGCGACCACUACCACGAAUGUGUUUGCGGAUUUGGACGGCAAUGUCGGAAACAUCGGUAUCGCGAAGCCGGGACGCAGCUCACUGGAGAACGAAAGAGCUCGAAGAAAGGAGCCCCUUGGCCACAAGAAGAAGCUGAGCAAGGCAGAGGAGGAGAUGGAUGACGCCAUGGAAGAAAUGAAGCGUAUGAACCAAAUGAUUGCUGAGGAAGAAGCUCGACGAAAGCGCGAGUCGGUCAAUUCUAUGAAGGGAUCCAGCACAACAUCGAUCGCCAACAAGAGACUAUCCGCCACGGGUGAGCAAUCUCCCAACGAUAUUGCCCCGACUCCAAUUACGCCACGAUCACCCAUGGACUCUUCAAGCCCUGAAUCAUCCCCCAAGGGAUCAGAGGGAACCCGCUUCACGAGCUUUGACCAGAUUGUGCCUCCGGGCCAAGACAACGAAGAGGAUGAGCCACCUAAGAAAGCGCCUCUUACUCUCCAUAAUGCUUCCCUCACCCUCCACGAUGAUGCCACAGGCGACAAGAGCCGUAUCCGUAACAAGCCCACCUGGGACUACUGGGUCCAAGUCGAGCCAUCUGUGGCUGGCUAUGCUGGGUGGAUGAUUGUACGAAGAUAUAAUGAUUUCGAGACUCUGCAUGAAAUCCUGAGGCGAAUUGCGAAUAUCUCGGGCGCCACAGCUUUCACCGAACUUCACAAGGACCUGCCAGACUGGAAAGUCCACACUCGCGAGUCACUUCGUGGCGAGCUGGAGAGGUAUCUUCGAGAUGCUUGCUGGUACCAGAGUCUGGCCGAGAGUGAAGGCAUGAAGCGAUUCCUGGAAAAGUCUAAGGGGCAUACACACAGUGAAUCCAAGUCUGGCUUCGGGUGGGAGUCUAUGGGCAAGGGCAUGCUGGACGUGCUGACAACGGCGCCCAAGGGUGCCAUGGAGGGAGGCAAGACUUUGGUUGGAGGCGUUACAGGUGUUUUUGGCAACUUUCCGGGCCUCAGCAAGAAGACUACAAGCAGCCAGUCUGUAGAUUUGACCAGCCACUCCAGCAGACUCUCCAUCUCGACCCCUCCGACUCGAAUCGAUGGUAUGCGAUCUCCGGCUCGCUCAGCACGGGACAGCAUGGACAGCCAGCGGUCGUCGGUUGUAUCUAUACAGCCUGGAAAGAUGCCCCCCAUGGAGCGUCGUCCCAGCUACCAGUCGCAGAGUGAGUCGGAUCCAGAGCUGCGCAUGAGCCGAGCAGACCGCAAGGAGACCGGGUCGGCGUCAGUGAGUGCUCGUCCUAGUCGAGAGCAUAGCCGUGCGCCGAGCCUUGCCCAGCUACGAUCUCCUUCAUCAGCCAGUCUCGACUUUACGAAGCUGCCACCUCCACCUGAUCAAAUCGCGGACGACUAUGGAUCGCCCGAGGGCAACGGUGACAUGCAAGACAAGAUGAACGAUAGCAUCCUGAAUCAGCAGCACGGACGCAAGGGUUCACAGCAGAUCCCGACCCCUCCUCCGUCUGUCUCGGGAGGCAAGAGGUUAUCUCUGAAGCCUGCCAGGCAGUAUGCCCAGCUCUCAGAGCCUGAGACACGGGUUGCAGUUGAGCUGCUAUUUGCCGUCAUCAAUGAGAUGUACACGCUGUCUUCGGCAUGGAACAUCCGACGCACCCUCUUGACGGCUGCCAAGUCAUUCCUGCUUCGCCCCGGCAACCCGUCCCUCUUGACGGUCCAGUCGCUGAUCCAGAAGUCCGUCAUCGACGCCAACACGUCGGACGCGGGUCUGGCUCACCAGUUGCGCAAGAUCCGGGAGAACAUGAUGCCGACAGAGCAAGAGCUUGCCGCAUGGCCUGCGGAACUUACAGCAGACGAGAAGGAGAAGCUUCGAAUCAAAGCCCGUCGUCUUCUCAUCCAGAGCGGCCUACCAGCUGCGCUGAUGGGCGUCAUGGGUCAGGCUGCGACAGGCGAGGCACUCGGCCGAGUGUUUGACUGCCUCCAGAUCGAAGAAGUGGCUCGGGGACUGCUCUUUGGACUGAUCCUACAGGUUGUGCGAAUUGUGACACACUGA